CCCCCCCCCUUGCGCUCGCUCGGACCCACUGGGGUUUAGUGGGUAGACGUGGGAGGAUUUCGGAGGCGCUCGGGCCCCAGCCCGCCUCGUAGCGAUUCUCCUCAGGUGUUGAGCCCUCGUCCAGGGAAAGGCUCCGGGAGCAGGCAGGGGAGCCAGGGGCCAGGGGCAGGAGAGUGGGGCGGGUCUGCCCCUCGCGGCCCCGCCCCUUUCUCUGGGCUCCUGCUCCAUCCCUCCCGCCUGCCUGGGGGCUCUGGGGCCAGGUACCCCGGCGGCUGCGGUGCGACUGAGGUGCUUUUGCCCCGCGGCCGCCUUUGUCCCGCAGCCGCCUCGCCGACCUGCCCGCCCCCGCCCCCACCCGCUUCCCGCCAGCGUCGGAGCCGGGAGGAUGGUGGGAUUCGGGGCCAACCGGCGGGCGGGCCGCCUACCCUCGCUGGUGCUGCUAGGGCUGCUGGUGGUGAUCGCCGUCCUUGCCUUUAACUACUUGAGGGUCUCCUCCCGCCACGUCCUACUUCAGGAGGAGAUGCUGGAACUGCAGAGCCAGGUGCAGAGGACCGAGGUCGCCCGCAGUCACCUGGAAAAGCGCAACUCGGACCUCCUGCUGCUGGUGGACUCGCACAAGAAGCAGAUGGACCAGAAGGAGGCCGACUACGGCCUUCUCAGCAGCCGGUUGCAGGCCAGGGAAGGCCAGGGGAAGAGAUGUGAAGACGAGAAGGUAAAAUUACAGAACAACAUAUCAUAUCAGAUGGCAGACAUACAUCGUUUAAAGGAACAACUUGCUGAGCUUCGUCAAGAAUUCCUUCGACAAGAGGAUCAACUUCACGAUUACAAGAAGAACAAUACUUACUUUGGGAAGAGAUUAGAGUAUGAAAGUUUUCAGUGUGGGCAACAGAUCAAGGAACUAAGAGCACAGCAUGAAGAAAAUAUUAAAAAGUUAGCAGAUCAGUUUUUGCAAGAACAAAAGCAGGAAGCCCUAAAGACUCAGCAGAAUAAUGUAAUUGAAUUGGAUACAAAAGAUCAGGAAGCACCCAAAAAUAUUCCAGAUGAAGUUGAGAAUGCUGCAAAUAAGAAUGAGAAACCCUCAACCAAUCAUAUUUCACUUGGGAAAGAACAAAUUAAACGAGCUGGUGAUGCAGGCAUGCCUGGAAUAGAAGAGAAUGACCUUGCAAAAGCUGAUGAUCUUCCUACCUCUUUAAAGAAGCCCCUUAUUUCAGUUUCUCAGCAAGAAAGUCAUCAAGAAAAUGUACAUCCUCCAACUGGAGAACCUCAUCCUCCAAAUAUGGCACCAGAUUUGCAUGUUAGCCACAUUGGAAACUCUGAUAUUUUGAAGCAGAUCCCUCCCAAUCCUCUUCAGCGUUUAAUUCCUGGCCCAAAUUUGGAAAAUGAAAAUGAACACAAGUUUCAGACAGAUAUGUUAAAGCAGGCUUCAAAGGAUAGAGCUGGUGACUUCCAUAAGAUGAAACAAAGCCGGUUCUUUGAUGAAAAUGAAUCCCCUGUUGAUCCGCAGCAUGGCUCUAAAUUGGCGGAUUAUAAUGGGGAUGAUGGUAACGUAGGUGAGUAUGAGGCAGACAAGCAGGCUGAGCUGGCUUACAAUGAGGAAGAAGAUGGUGAUGGUGGAGAAGAAGACGUCCAAGAUGAUGAAGAACGUGAACUUCAAAUGGACCCUGCAGACUAUGGGAAGCAACACUUCAAUGAUGUCCUAUAAAUUCUGUACUGGAAGAAAAACUGCAAAAAACCCUGAAUUGCUGUAAAAUGGAACCUUUUCUGCUUCCUUGUUUGUUGACUUUUAUUUUUAAAAUCACCUAUAAAGAAACAACUAGAAGAAACUUAAUAGAGAACUUUAAUAGAAAAUGUACAUAUGUAUAUAUUUGAACUUUUGCAUAUUAUGAAACCCAGAGAUGUUUUUGGUUCUUUUGUAGUUGAACCAAUAAACAAAGCAAACAAAAACUGUAAUUUUUGCAUUUAAAGCAAGCUAAUGUAUCUAUUUCGAUUUUUAGUUUAAAUUGUUUCCUUAAAUUGGUAAACUGAAAAUAUGGUUGUAUAGUUUAUAUGUUGAUCAUAGCAUAUUCAAAAUGGUGGGAACAAGCUGAAAGCUUUCUUUUAUACAUAAAUUUAUUCUUAAUUGGUUUAAUACAUGUUCUGCUCCAUC